GAAUGGUGCCGGAUAUCUAUACUAGUUCCCAGCCCGCAUAUCUACAAUAGUAUAUAUUGUUGAUCGGCAAUCCCGUAUCCGUAACUAAUGGUUCACCUACGUAAUCAACCAUACCCAAUACCUCACAUCGUAAUUUGGAUUGCAGUAGAGAAAGGAGUUGAAACAACUUUACAUCGACAUUAAUAUCAAAACAACACCACGAAGGGAUCCCCUGGAGAUGCAAUUAUGGGUUUAGACGGUGAAGCGAGCUCUCCAAUUGAAAAUGCAGCACCAAACACAGAUUUAGUGGAAGAACUUGACUUUUCGCGUCAAAUCUUCCAUAUGCAACCGUCAUCUGAAACUAAUCUGGAUGACAGAGGAGACCAAACAGUCUUAAAUGAGGCCAAUGGACUCUCUCAUCAUUCAGGAACUAAUAGCAAGCAACAAGAAAUAAAUGAAGGAUCUGAUAGACAAGAAGGUUCUCAAGAAAGUGAGGAAGCGAUCAAAGAUGGAGCUCAAUCUCAGCUCGCAGAAUCUCAGUUGGGCCACAGCAAAGGGAUAUCGACAGAGAGGCUGGAUUCUCAAGGAAGUUCUGAACAGCCAGAAGAACAUAAGCCACAGGUCACCCUCGAUUCAUUAAACAACCCCAAAGAAAAGUCGCGAAAUUUGAGCUCAACUUCGCGUCCCAAUACCGCAGAUAGUACGAAAGCAGGCUCUGAUUGUGCAGGAUUUGAAUCUAUCCUGGAGUUGGAAAAAUCGUCACUUGAGGAUGAAAAUACUCGAAUAUUAAAACCCACCACAUCUCGUGGGUCACGAAAUUCUUCAGAUAUCGAUGCUAACAAGGCGUCCCGGAAUAAUGCUGGUCUCAAUGAACUGUUCACAGAUAUCAUAGCAUCUGCAGCCCCAUCACUUCGACAUCUAGCAUCUCAAAGCACGCUCGGUGAAUCCGCGUGUAGUACCAAGAGAAGUAAGACCUUUGAGCGACCGAAUCGAUUAUCAACGCCCGUGGAAGAGCAGAGACAUCCAGGAAAACCAGGAUUAUGGAGUGAUCAAUUCAUGAAGAAUAUAGAUGAGAUGGUAGAUUGGGAAGCCAAAGAGGUCAACGCAAUAUCGUUGGCCUCCACCAAUAAUCUGGAUGCGUUCGGGGCUCGCGCAAAAACCGAAAAAGAGGAGGAAGUUGUUGUGUCACCAGAGCCACAAGAAUUAGAAGCGGAAAUUGAGUAUCCUGGAACCAUUGCUUUAACGGUUCUCACGAUCGGGCUUUGCUUGUCGGUGCUCUUGAUUUCUUUGGAUAGAACGAUCAUCACAACUGCAAUUCCAUACAUUAGUGGAGAAUUCAAGUCUUACGCAGACGUUGGGUGGUAUGGAAGUGCAUACCUACUUACGGCAUGCGCGUUCCAGCCGAUGUAUGGAAGGAUCUUUACUAUUUUCAGUAUCAAAUGGUCAUAUCUAGGCGCAAAUGCGCUAUUUGAGAUCGGAUCAUUGAUUUGUGGCGUGGCUCCCAAUUCUCUCACAUUGAUUAUAGGGCGUGCUAUCGCUGGAGUUGGAAGUGCGGGUAUUUUAACAGGGUCUUUUGUUGUUGUCGCUCAUAGUGUCCCGAUACAAAGACGUCCUGUCUUCACCGCGGCUGUGGGUUUGAUGUUCGGAUUAGGAGCUACAGUAGGACCAUUGAUGGGAGGAGUUUUCACAGAUAAAGUAUCAUGGAGAUGGUGUUUUUAUUUCAAUCUUCCAGUCGGUGGCGUAACCAUCUUGGCCAUGAUCUUAUUCUUCAACCCCAAGAACACCUUGGACACAAAACGAUCGUUUGGCUCACGAGUUCUUGAUCUCGAUAUCCUUGGAAAUAUCCUUUUGCUCGGUGCAUGCGUUAUGCUUUUCAUAGCUUUCCAACAUACUGAAGAGGGCAAUGGCUGGUCCAGUCCAAUGGUUAUUGGUCUUCUCGUCGGCUUUGGAGUAAGUAUGAUUGUGUUAGGACUGUGGUUUUGGUACAGAGGCAACAAAGCUUUGAUUCCACUUGAAAUCCUCAAGCAACGCACUGUAUUAGCAAGCUGCCUUUUCUCCUUCUUCCUCUACUCGGCCUUGAUUAUUCACGGCUACUAUCUCCCUCAAUGGUUUCAAGCGAUCAAACACACAUCCGCAAUCGCAUCUGGUAUUGACAUGAUUCCAUAUGUCCUCUGCAAUGCUUUCUUCACACUCGUAGCCGGUGUUAUCGUCUCCAAAUCCGGGUACUUUACACCACCCGCAAUCAUCGGUACAGCAAUUGCCACCGUAGGCUGUGGAUUCAUCAGCACAUUUAGAACCGAUACCACAACGGCUGAAUGGAUCGGCUACGAAAUUCUCACUUCGACGGGUUUUGGAAUUGCAAUUCAGCAAGGAUUCACCGCUGUCCAAACCGUCUUACCUUUGGAGAAAAUUCCUAUUGGCACCGCUGCGGUGGUUGCAUCGCAGUCUUUUGGUGGUGCAGUCUUUGUUUCUGUUGGAAAUACAAUUCUCCAGAACCAAUUGAAAGCUUCAUAUGAUAGUGGGCAAUUGCCAGGAGUCAAUAUUCAGGCAGUCUUGGAUGCUGGUGCCACGGGCUUCAGAUCUGUAGUUGAUGCGGAUCAAUUGCCUGCACUAUUGGAAGUGUACAACGGUGCUUUACAGAAAGUUUUCAUCGCAGCGAUUCCUGUUACUGGAUUAGCGUUUGCUUCUUCUCUGUUCUUGGAAUGGAAGAGUGUUAAAACUCAGGAGUCCACUGAACAGGUGUGAGAUUUUUUGACUUUACGAUCGUGCGAUUGUUUGAGGUCAAUGCAGGAAAUAUGAUUGUGAUCUAUGUACAUAUACUUCCAGUCUAAAUUGAAUUAUAAUAUCUUGGAGGGUACGGUUAGAUCAUAGCAAAUAAUAUAAUUUAUCACAGCAGUAAGAAUGGAAGAUUCAAUUGUUUUGGUGAGAAACAAAUGGAAUAUAUGAUUAUUGUAUUGAAUUCGAAAUAAUAUAUGCGAACCGAAUUGGACUGAUUCGCUCCGUUUUUUGUUUUCGUUUUUAGAAGAAGAUUUAUGUACGAGUACCUAGUAGCUAUAUAAUUAUAGCGAAACAUAAUUUGA